AACAACCAUCACCACCGAGCUACCUCCAGCCUCCAGCCAUCACUCAGCUCAAAGACACAAUCAGGCAAUCAGCGGCGGCGAGAACACACACAGAGUCACAGAUGACCUUCAGCGUCUCGCCGGCGACGGGGGCGAGCCAGGAGUACAUGAUCCGGUUCGACGGCCACUUCGAGGACCCGAGCUCCGCGGCCGCGAGCGCCGAGCCACCCCUGCCGUUCGCCGGCAGGGCUUUCUCGCCACAGCAGGAGCAGAGCGCCAUGGUCGCCGCGCUGCUGCACGUCGUCUCCGGGUACACCACGCCGGCGCCUGACCUCUUCUUCCCGGCGCGCAAGGAGGCGUGCACGGCGUGCGGGAUGGACGGGUGCCUCGGGUGCGAGUUCUUCGGCGCGGAGGCCGGGCGCGCGGUCGCGGCAUCGGACGCGCCGAGAGCGCCGGCGGCCGGCGGGCCGCAGAGGAGGCGGAGGAACAAGAAGAACCAGUACCGCGGCGUCAGGCAGCGGCCGUGGGGCAAGUGGGCGGCGGAGAUCCGCGACCCGCGCCGCGCCGUGCGGGUGUGGCUCGGGACCUUCGACACGGCCGAGGACGCCGCCAGGGCCUACGACCGCGCCGCCGUCGAGUUCCGCGGCCCGCGCGCCAAGCUCAACUUCUCCUUCCCCGAGCAGCAGCAGCAGCAGCUAGGCGGCAGCGGCAAUGCCGCGGCCAAGUCAGACGCGUGCUCGCCCUCGCCUUCGCCCCGCAGCGCGGACGAGGACGAAACAGGGGACCUGCUCUGGGACGGCUUGGUGGACUUGAUGAAGCUGGACGAGAGCGACCUCUGCUUACUGCUCCCGGUCGACAACACGGAUAAAUUUCACAUAGAGGGGAAGAGACGAUCAGGAUCAGGGGUACCCCUCUGCUACUAGUGUUAGACUAUUAGCGAGUACCAGAUAGACAAUCAGCAGUCCUAAUCCUGCUCACUACGUGGUUAGCACACGUCCUAGCUUCGGUUGUAAUUCUGCAUAAAUAGGCACCCGAUCAAUGGAAAAGUUGUGUUCAACCAUACUCAUCUGCCAUGUUGUAUGUAGACAAAUCCAAUUUGGGGCUUAUUUGUUGGAACUAUAAUGGUUUCUAUUAAUAGAAACCAGGGGAAACCCCUUUUGCUCAA